AAAGCUAAAACAGUCUCUGGUUUGGUUUUCCAAACGGUGGUCUUUCUUACCACUUGCUGUAUCAGAAAAAGUCCUAAACCCAGAAACAACAAUCAAAGCAAAUAAUCAAACAUGAAACGACAAAUCCACCAUUGUUCUCCAAGAAAAAAAUUACUAUAAUACUCAGAAUCAAAAUCCUGUACUCAAAAAUUAUUUUUUAAUAUUAUAGAUCUGUAAUUCGGUGAAUAAAUUCAAUUACUUUUAAUCAAAUGCAACCCAACCUAGUAGCUUUUCCACCAUUUCUUGUCCACCGCUGCCCACUGUCUUGAGAAGAAUCAAAACGAUCUCUCUCUCUCACACACACACAAACACACACCAUGUAUAUGUACCUAUAUAUAUGACACCACCCAAAAACCACCUUCAAAUCCUACUGUUCUCAAAACCCCGAACUUAAAUUCUCUGUUUCUCUCAGUCUUUUAAACAUAAUGGAAGCUGCCAAUCAUAUGGGUGCGGUGGUUCACCCGGCUACGAUCCCGGCCUGCCAGUCAAGCGGUAGCCUAGGCCGGCACAUAGCUCGGAGACUGGUCCAAAUCGGCGUGAAAGACGUCUUCUCCGUUCCCGGCGACUUCAACUUGGCGUUACUGGAUCACUUACUAGCCGAACCGGAGCUUAAUUUAGUUGGCUGCUGCAACGAGCUGAACGCCGGCUACGCCGCCGAUGGUUACGCACGUGCGAGGGGCGUGGGGGCCUGUGUGGUCACGUUUACUGUGGGUGGGCUCAGUGUGCUCAACGCCAUCGCUGGGGCCUACAGUGAGAACUUGCCGGUGAUCUGUAUUGUGGGUGGGCCCAACUCCAAUGAUUACGGGACUAAUCGGAUUUUGCAUCAUACUAUUGGGUUGCCGGAUUUUACUCAGGAGCUUCGGUGUUUUCAGACCAUUACUUGUACUCAGGCAGUGGUGAAUUACUUGGAUGAUGCACAUGAGCAGAUUGACACUGCAAUUUCAACUGCUUUAAAGGAGUGCAAGCCUGCUUACAUUAGCAUAAGUUGCAAUUUGCCUGGACUUCCUCAUCCAACUUUUGCUAGAGAGCCAGUCCCAUUCUCUCUUGCACCAAAGCUCAGCAAUCAGUUAGGACUAGAAGCAGCAGUGGAAGCGACAGCAGAGUUUCUGAACAAGGCUGUAAAACCUGUUCUUGUUGCAGGCCCCAAGCUGAGGGUUGCAAAGGCACAACAGGCCUUUGUAGAGCUUGCAGAUGCAUGUGAGUAUCCCAUAGCUGUGAUGCCGUCAGGUAAGGGACUUGUGCCAGAACAACAUCCACACUUCAUCGGGACAUACUGGGGUGCUGUCAGUACCGGCUUUUGUGGGGAGAUAGUUGAAUCUGCUGAUGCCUAUGUUUUCAUUGGCCCCAUCUUCAACGACUAUAGUUCUGUUGGAUACUCAUUGCUGAUCAAGAAAGAGAAAGCAGUGAUAGUUCAGCCCAAUCGAGUGACCAUUGGUAAUGGUCCUUCCUUUGGCUGGGUUUUCAUGAAGGAUUUCUUAACUGCUUUGGCCAAAAAGCUGAAGAAGAACAGCACAGCUAUGGAGAAUUACCGUAGGAUUUAUGUCCCUCCCGGGAUUGCAUUUAAGCAUGAAAAGGAUGAACUUCUCAGAGUCAACAUUCUCUUCAAGCACAUCCAGGGGAUGCUGACUGGAGACACUGCUGUAAUUGCGGAGACAGGGGAUUCAUGGUUCAAUUGUCAGAAACUCCGUCUCCCUGGAAAUUGCGGUUAUGAAUUUCAGAUGCAGUAUGGAUCCAUUGGAUGGUCAGUAGGUGCCACUCUCGGUUAUGCUCAGGCAGCCAAAUACAAGCGCGUUAUUGCAUGCAUUGGUGAUGGAAGUUUUCAGGUGACAGCUCAGGAUGUUUCAACGAUGAUUCGAUGUGAACAAAGGAGCAUUAUAUUCCUGAUCAACAAUGGUGGUUAUACAAUAGAAGUAGAGAUUCAUGAUGGCCCUUACAAUGUGAUCAAGAAUUGGGACUACACAGGCCUUGUAAAUGCCAUCCACAAUGGUGAAGGCAAAUGCUGGACUACCAGGGUGCGAACGGAGGAUGAGCUAACAGAAGCAAUUGCAACGGCAACAGGAGCACAGAAGGAUUCAUUAUGUUUCAUUGAAGUGGUGGUGCACAGGGAUGACACUAGCAAAGAGCUGCUGGAAUGGGGUUCCCGAGUUGCUACUGCCAAUAGCCGCCCUCCAAAUCCUCAAUAGAACUAUAAAUAUGUAACUUUCUGAUUCUAUACCAAAAGUUAGUACAAGAUAAGCUUUAAGUUAUGACUUAAUUUUGUGGGCGUUAUGUACAAGAAAAUGGAACCAUUGGGCAUCCAUCUUAUGAUAUAUCUUGACUGAUGCUUUUAUGAUAUAUGGUUGUAAUUUCAUGCAAAUUGAAUCAUAAUCUCACGAGAUUGCGUCGUACUUUCCACUUUUAUUUUGUAAAAACUUUUCAGUAUGAUAUCGAAUUCUGUG